CUAGCCGUUACUAGAAGAAGAUCCCACAAUCUGAGUCACCACAAGGAGGACAGCCCCUCCUGUUCCUCUCCUAAGCAGCACGCAAAGAAAGAUACACAAAGAGUUAACUGUGCAAUCUCACAAUUCUCUCUCGAAAAAUGGCAGAUUUUGGCUUCCUAUCAGACACAGAUGACUCGGCGGUAGACGAACUUGUAUCUCAAACACAGGAACUCUGUGUCCUUGAACAAGUUUCUAAAAUCAACUGUUCUGGUUUCACCGACUCGGUCCUUCCUGCUGAUUUAGAAACCCGUUUUCACAAACUCAAAUCCUUCCCUCCCACUAAAUCUAAAACCCCAACUACCAAUAAAUCUCUCUCAAGGUCUAACACUGAUAUGAACAACAUCUCAGUGAAGGGUAAAAAAGAUGAUGAUGGGUCCUUUUCUGAUUCUGAAAAAGGAGAAAACUUUUCAAGUGAGGAGCAAAACCCAGGUGAGAAAAUGGGAUCUUUGAAGGGGCAAAAUGAAGUUUUCUUGGGCAACAAAGAAAACCCACAAUGGAAAUCGGGUUUAGAAAAGGAAAUGAAAAGUGGCUGUGUUUCUUCUCCUCCUUCAAAAUCGUCAAUGGAAGAAGAGAUUUUUUCUCCGAAGAAAGAAAACCCAGAUGGGAAAGGGGGUUUAAAGAAGAAGUCUUUACACGGGUCUGAUCAUUCUAACUCAUGGGUGGAAGAUGUGAUUUUCUCACCAUCCAAACGGAAACCGGAGAGGAAAAUGAGUAUGAAAUCAAAAUCAAAAUUUGGGUCUUCCAAUUCAUCGAAUUCAUUCAUGGAUUCACCUUCUCCUCCUAGAAAAGUUGGCUGCUUUUGGUGUUCUCCUAAAAAGAAGCAAAGCAAGGAAAGUUUGGGUCUUGACUGGGAAAGCAAUAAUCUUGAUGAGUACUUGUCUGAUUUGAGUACCUUUUCAGUGAAAGAGCAGCAGAAAAGACUAAAGAAGGCAAUGAAAGAGCAAGAGAAGAUGAGUCAAGAGGCCGAGAAGAUUGUGAAAUGGGCAAAGCAGGCAUCUGCGAGGAUGAGUUUUCAUGGCACUGAUGAUGUGCUAAGUGACGAUGAGAUUGCUAAAUGAGUAUGGAUUUAAUGAUUUUGGUUUUGCUUCAUGUUGUCAUGCAUGUGAUGGAAUUAUAGUAGUAUAUGUUUUUUCCCUUCAUAUUGGCUUUACCCUAAUACUAGUAUAGUUUGGGCUUGAAUUUUGUCUUGUAAAGGUUAUACAAAAUCAUCUGGCAAUGGUGCACAAUAAUAGGUUGGCAAUGCCUUGAAUAUGUUGUUCUCUAUCUAUGUCAUUUUGAGAUUAUUUUUUUAUAUGUUAAUUGAAGUUCUUUUUCUUAAUAAAAUUAUGAAUAAAUUCCUCUC